CCUCGACUUGCUGUACACUCACUCUGCCUUGUUGCUUCCACACCGUUACUCAACACCCUUCCUACGCGCUGCAACGCGCUGCACGCUCGUACGCCUGUACGCUCCGGCUCAGAUCUUCUUGAUCAACACUCGUGCGUCAAUCGGCAAGGCGUUGCUCGGCUCGGCACCCUGGCACGCUCGCUCCUAGCUUCUCUCGCCCCUUCCCACAAGUUGCUGGCGGUGCACGCACCACAUCCUUCCUCUCUCUGACGCCCUCUUGGCCUUCUCCGGCAUCUCAUCCCUUUUAAUACUUCAUCAUGGACAUUGGCGACGUCUAUCGCGCACCUCCCCAAGGUCAAGUCCCCCGCCGCCGCGACCCAUACGACGCUGGCCAUCCCGCUCCUCCGCCCCCCGUCCCUCCCAACCUCCGCAUGGACCGCAACAACGUCACGCCCUCGCCGGGCCCAUAUCCCAACUAUCCUCCCUCGUCGAGCGCGCAUGAGAACCCCUUUCAGCACCCAAGCGAUCAUGGCAAUGACUGGGGUCAAGCUCCUCCGGUUCCACCCCCACCCCAGCCCUACGCGCAGCUAGGUCGCACCGACAGCAGCCAGAGCUACCAGACCCCGUACAUGGCCGACAACAGGCUCACGUCGCCGCCGCCACUGUUCCCCGCGCCGAGCGCCUCACCCGGCUUCUCUCAGUCGGGUCCUUAUGGUCACCCACUCGACGAUGAUACCAACGAUGCUCAGCCCCUACUCCACCACGCGCAGCCGCACCCCGCCUUCAACAUUCAGCCCAUGCCACCUCGGCCUCAGGCUCCAUACGACCCGCCUAUCCAGGGGAGUGCCGGAGGCCGAGUGCACUUUGACGACCCAUACCAGACCCAAGGGGUCAACGAUGAGCAGGAGCGGAACAAUGUUCACUACGGUGCGCCGCCCGCACGCGUCCUUCGCCGCAACCGCACGCAGAAGCGCGUCCAGCUCUUCCGUGGCCACCUUGUCCUCGACGUUGAUGUGCCCUCGAUGCUCAUGGACCAGAGCGCCAUCAAGGAGGGCAACGAGUUCACGAAGAUGCGUUACACGGCCGUGACCUGCAAUCCAGACGAGUUCGUGCUGGACAAGUACACGCUCCGCCAGCGGCUAUACGAGCAGCCCCGCAAGACUGAGCUCUUCAUCGUCGUCACCAUGUACAAUGAGGACGACGUGCUCUUCUGCCGCACCAUGCGCGGUGUCAUGCAGAAUGUGGCGCACCUUUGUUCGCGCUCCCGCUCCAAGACCUGGGGCAAGGACGGGUGGAAGAAGGUCGUCGUCUGCAUCGUGUCGGACGGCCGCAUGAAGAUCAACAAGCGCACCCAGUCGGUGCUUGCCGCGCUCGGUGUGUACCAGGAUGGCGUCGCCAAGAAUGUUGUCAACAACAAGCCCGUCACAGCGCAUCUGUACGAGUACACGACUCAGUUGUGGAUCGACUCCAAGGGCCGUGUCGGGCCUGGCGGCGACAACGCUGUCCCCGUCCAACUGAUUUUCUGCCUCAAGGAGAAGAACCAGAAGAAGAUCAACUCGCAUCGCUGGUUCUUCAACGCGUUCGGCGACUGUCUGCGCCCCAACGUUUGUGUGCUGCUCGAUGUCGGUACCCAGCCUGGUCCUGACUCCAUCUAUCACCUGUGGAAGGCGUUCGAGGUCAACCAGUCGAUCGGAGGCGCGUGCGGAGAGAUUGUCGCGCUCAAGGGCACUAUGGGCAAGAACCUGUUGAACCCGCUCGUUGCCGCUCAGAACUUCGAGUACAAGAUGUCCAACAUCCUGGACAAGCCGCUGGAAUCGGCGUUUGGCUACAUCACCGUGCUUCCUGGUGCAUUCUCGGCAUAUCGCUACAUCGCGCUGCAGAAUGACGACAAUGGGGAAGGUCCUCUGGAGAAGUACUUCUACGGCGAGAAGAUGCACGACGCAAACGCCGGCAUCUUCAAGGCCAACAUGUACCUGGCCGAGGACCGCAUUCUCUGCUGGGAGCUUGUGUCCAAGCGCUCAUCGCGCUGGACGCUCCACUACGUCAAGUCGGCGUACGCCAUCACCGACGUGCCCGACACUGUGCCCGAGCUCGUCUCACAGCGUCGUCGCUGGCUGAACGGUUCGUUCUUCGCUGCGGUUCACUCGAUCGCACACUUCCACUACCUCUACCGCUCCUCGCACUCGGUGAUGCGCAUGUUUUGGCUCCAUGUCGAACUCAUCUACCAGAUCAUCUCGAACGUGUUCGCCUGGUUUUCUCUCGGCAACUUCUACAUCGCCUUCAUUGUCCUGUCCAAGUCGAUGGAGUAUGCUGUCGACUUGGCGCCCAACGAGCCUGCGUUUGACGAGUUUGGCAACCGUAAGACAAACAAGGUCUUCGAGUACAUCAACAUCCCACUACAGUACGCCUACCUGGCGCUCCUUCUCCUCUGCUUCCUUCUCUCCCUUGGCAACCGUCCCGCCGGUUCCAAAUGGGGCUACACCAUCUCGAUGAUCGGCUUUGCCCUUAUCACGGUGUACAUGAUUUUCGCAGCCGUGUGGCUCACGGUCGCUGGUGUCAAUCAGAUCAAAGAGGACGGUGCGACAGUUGGCGAGUUGGUCCAGAACCCAACCUUCCGCAACAUCGUUUUGUCGCUGCUGGCCACGUACGGAUUGUACAUUGUCUCUUCGCUCAUGGCGCUUGACCCGUGGCACUUGGUCACUUCGUUUGUGCAGUACCUUCUACUCGCGCCGUCGUACAUUAACGUCUUGAACGUUUACGCCUUCUCGAACGUGCAUGACGUCUCUUGGGGCACGAAGGGCUCGGACAAGGUGUCUGAAGACCUCGGUGUUGUCAAGUCGUCUGGCGGGGAUGGCGAGGUAACGGUCGACAUGUUCUCGGAGCAGAAGGACCUGAACGCCAUCUAUGCUGCUGAGUUGCAAGUGCUUGCGACUAAGCCACCAAAGGAGGAGGCAAAGGUCAACACGGAACAGCAACACGAGGACUACUACAAGAACUUCCGCACUAACGUUCUGCUUUCGUGGACGAUGACCAAUGCGGCCUUGGCCAUCGUCAUCCUGCGCGUUGGAGUCGACGGGCAGUUUGUCAUUGCGCAGACUUACAUGGCUGUGAUGCUGUACACGGUUGCGGGCCUUGCUUUCUUCCGCUUCUUGGGUGCGAUCGUCUACCUUGUUGUGCGGUUGUUCAUGGGCGAGUGAGAGGGAUAGAAAAGGCGGUCAAGUGCACUGGACCGCAUAGGGCGCGCAGCGCGCAACCCGGGUUAGCGUGGUUCGUAUCUGUGUUUUGACUUGGCGGCGCGUGGCGGUAGAUUACUCGUGUGCAUGCAUGGAACUUGGUGUCUAUCAG